AUGUCUUUCUACGACAACGACGCCCCAUGGUCGGCCUCCGCACGCCAGUCAUCAUGGGAGCAGCCGCCGCCGCCUUCGAGAUCUGGGACUGGCUCGUCCAUGUCGCAGCAAGCCGAGCCCAAUGCCUUCGCAGCGCAGUUCGAGGAGAUUGACAGGGCGACGGACAAUUUGAUGCGGAGUGGGAAGUUCUUCCCGGGCGCUAUGCAGCCGAUGGGUGGCAUGCCUCCGCGACGGGAUAGUAUACCGGCGAUGCAGAGGGGGUUUGAGUAUGGCAGCAACGACCCGAGGAUGGGUGGAAGUGGUGGACCGUCGAGACAGGCUUCUGGGAGUGACUACGAUGGUGGUAGGCCAGGUUCGGCGGGUCUGCAAGGAUACUAUCAGGGUCAGAGGUUUCCCGGUGGGCGACAGAGCGAAGCGGAGCAGAUGUUGCAGGCGAAGCGACGGAUGGCCGCCCAGCGUGAGCGCGAGCUGCGGAAUUAUCAUCAGGAGCAGCAGUACAACCGGACUGUCUCCGGCGGCAAGUCCGACCGCUCGAUGAGCCCCAACACCAUGAGCGAAGACGACCGACGUGAACUGAUAGCACGACAACACCGCGCCCUCUACGGCGACAAUGCUUCUUUGUACGGCUCCGACGGCUCCAACUCACGGCCACAGAGUCAGGAUGUUCGUGCAUCCGAGCCAGGUCGAGGAGGCUCACCUCUCGCCUUCAGCCCGUACGGCGCACCUCCAAACAACGAAGGCGCAGUGCAAAUGCCACCACGUGAUCGAGGCAACAGCACCGCAUCGCCGGUCUCCAGCCAACCAACCCAGCAACCCUUCAAUUUCCUGAGCGACGCGCAGCAAAACUCUCGCACCUCCAACUCCUCGCCCACCGAGUCGCCACCACCCGGCCAACAAAGCCAAAAGGGAGCACCACCACCAGGCGUCGCACCCAUCGGCACCCGACCCUCGCAAGCACCAACCUCAGCCGGGGGCCUGAACAAGCGCUCCACCACACCCCUCACGCCAUCCUCACUCAGCUACGGCUUCAGCGCCGACGCACAGAAUGCGCCCUCCGCCGCGCCCGGGCUGAAAGACGAGCGCGCGAGCUCCGCGGCUUCCAACGGCCCGCAGGCAGACAAAAGCAUGCCCGGCCUCGGCGGCUGGGGCGGCGACAGAGGAGCCUGGGGCGGUGGGAAGGGGCUAGCGGUGCAGCCGGGCAGUGUGUGGGGUUAG